AUGCAGGAUGUUGUGCAUAUUAAUGAGACUGUUGAUGAUGCCAUGAGGGAACAAAAGCAUACCUUGUCCACGACCUCGUUGGAUGACCUCGAACCCAAAGAGCGGUAUGAGAUGGAAGAAGACCAAGAUGCCAAUGAACAUAUUCCGGACAAGGAUGAGGAUGUUGACAUGACAGAUCAGCAGGGUGAUAUGGAGAUGUCAGUUAGUGUCAUGGAUACCACAAUGGACGGUCCAAAAUCUAAGUACAUCAAAACCGAGAAUGAAUGUGCGCAACGUACUAUACUCAAUCCGAAGAAAGAAAAGCUGAAGAAUUCUCACUUACCCAAUGCUGCUCAGAAUCUAAGCUUUUGUUCCAUAUUUAUUCCAACGGUCAUGCACUGGAUCGGCAAUAACAAUUAUCCAUGGACCAUCUCCGAUGAGAAACUCUCAGACAUUCCCAAGGAUAUCUUCAUGGUGGUGUGUAAGCAGCCUGGAGACUUCAGGAAUGAUGAUGGCUGCAAUCUCACCUUCAACCUCGUAUGCCAAAGGAUCUCUGAGUGGAGAGGUAACUUCGGCUCCACUGCUAUCACCAUUCUCAUGGCAUUUUUCGCCUCCACGGACAAAUACAAGACCAAGGAGGCACACAAAGAAUAUGCCAAAUAUCAACUUGAAGAUUCACACUUUGUAUAUGAAGAUCCAGAUAAUGAAGACUCACCUGGAGCUUUCUUAUCAGAAUUCAUCUUGCGCAUCUUCGCUGUUCAACUCAAUGCCACCCAAGGAUGCCAGAUAAUUGACUCGCUCAACUUUGGCUUACCUGCAUAUCCAACAGCCCUUGCACUGACCACUGCAGCCGCUGAGUGUGCACUUAUUUUAGCUCGCAAUGACUUGAUUGUGGAAGAUGCUUCAGACCACAGGAAACACAAGAUUGCCCUAACUCUCAAUCACUCCACAAACAAAAUGAGUAACACAGGCACUGCUUUUUCUGCGGGUAAUUGGGAGACUGACACACUCACGUACAUGGAACAAAUUGAGGAGCUGCCCUUCGACUGCAUAAAAGAAAUUGUUGAAUGA